AUUCUUGUUGGACAUUUCACGGAUCGUUGUUAGAUUGUUUCCUUAUAUUCGUUUUGUUUUAUUUAAACAAGAUUUGCCAUCAUGACUGCCCACGUGCUAGACGAUCCCACCGACAGCCAAAACCGCACCGCAACAAGAGCCAGCAGCUCUACAGAUGAGGUCCUCCCACUCCCCGUUUCUGAUAGUGACAAGCAAAAAGCGGAAACUGCAAAAGAAGCCGCCAACAAGUGCUUUGCGGCUAAAAAGUACGACGAGGCUGUGGAGCGAUAUACAGAGGCGAUAUCGCAUAACCCGAAUGUAGCUGCUUAUUAUGCGAAUCGAGCGUUUGCAUACAUUCGAUCCGAGUUCUACGGCGCAGCGAUUCAGGAUGCCGAUCGGGCGAUCUCACUGGACCCAUCCUACAUCAAGGGCUACUACCGCCGAGCCGUAGGGAACAUGGCAUUAGGCAAAGUAAAGGAAGCCGUCAAGGACUUUCGAGCCGUUUGUCGCGUAGCGCCAAAUGACACAGACGCACGCAAGAAGCUCAGUGAAUGCGAAAAAGAGCUCAAGCGCCGGACGUUUGAAGCAGCCAUCGCGUUCGAAGAUCGGAAGCGAUCUGCAGAGGAAUUGAUUGGGGAUGUGGAGAGUAUGGUCGUUGAGGCGAGCUAUGAUGGGCCAAGAUUGGGUGACGAAGGAGUAACGCUCGAAUUCGUGACACAACUGCUGGAACAUUUACGCCAACAAAAAAAGUUGCACAAAAAGUACCUUUAUACCAUCCUCCUGAAAGCCAAAAAGCUCUUUGAGGCUGAACCACCCAUUGUGGAUGUCACGGUGCCCUCUGGUGGUAAACUCACCAUCUGCGGAGACAUUCACGGCCAAUUCUACGAUCUCCUCCACGUGUUUGAUCUGAACGGUCUACCAUCACCUACGAACGCGUACCUAUGGAACGGCGAUUUCGUCGACCGUGGCUCGUUUAGCGUGGAGUGCGUUACGACGCUCUUUGCAUUCAAGCUCCUCUACCCCAACUCCAUAUUCCUAAGUCGCGGGAACCAUGAGACGGAUGAUAUGAAUAAGGUGUACGGGUUCGAAGGGGAGGUUAAGGCAAAAUACUCUGAGGCAGCGUUCAAGUUGUUCAGUGAGAUUUUCAAUGCGGUGCCGAUUGGAAAUGUGGUGAAUGAGAAGAUUUUGGUGGUACACGGAGGGUUAUUUAGUCGGGAUGAUGUGACGUUGGAUGAGCUCCGUCAAAUCGAUCGCUUCAAGCAACCUGGCUCCGAAGGUCUGAUGUGCGAGCUUUUGUGGUCUGACCCGCAACCCCUUCCAGGCCGAUCUCCCUCCAAACGUGGUGUAGGCAUCCAAUUUGGACCAGAUGUCACGAAAUCAUUCCUAGAAAGGAAUGGAUUGGAAGUCUUGAUUCGGAGUCAUGAAGUUAAGCAGGAAGGAUAUCAAGUGGAUCAUGAUGGGAAAUGUAUCACAAUUUUCAGUGCGCCGAAUUACUGCGAUAGUGUAGGGAACAAGGGGGCAUAUAUCCAUGUAACGCCAGAUCGCAAGCUCACCUAUCACCAGUUUGCGGCUGUAGAGCAUCCACCAGUACGUGCCAUGCAAUAUGCAGGCAUGUUUGGAAAUAUGAUGUAAUUUAUACCCAGCUGGGGAAAACGUUUUUGUAUAAUAUAUAUACUAUAAAAUUGCAGCAGAGUUUUUACGAAAAUAGAAAUAUCCAGUACAUGAACUGUCCA